AUGCAUCGUUUGGGGCGCGGGGAGACCCCAGCGGAACUGGAGGACAGAACAUCCAGUGGUUUGCAGAUGGCCAUGCCCCAGAAGACUCCACUAGCCCUUCCUCAGAGAGAAGGGGUCCAGGCAGCUGCUGUGAUGCCCACCCUGCCUAACCUGAAGAGUGGCUGCUUCGACCAUCCUCUGCACCAGGGGCUCCUCCACCCCACCCGGCGCCGCAGCGGUCCCACCUCAGCUUCAACUUCCAAGUUGUCAAAGAGGCCCAAAGUGCAUGCAGCUGGGGACAUGUUCCCCACUGAUUGGAGCCCACCACCCAUAGAGUUCCUGAACCUGGGGGUACCACAGGCCAUUAGGGGGGCCCCAGCACAGAAGAAGAUGGGCCCAGGGGGGCCUCAGGGCCUGAGGACAUGGGCUCACCAGCUGUCUGAGGAGUUAGACCAGGAGCCCCAGGACUCAGACCCCCGGGGGAGCCUGACCUCACUGGAGGAGCUGUUCUGGAACAUGGCAGGCCCAAGCCAGAGGGCUAUAGCUCCCAUGGUGGACAUCCACACCUCGUUCACCUCUGGGGCCUCAGAGAGCUAUGUCAAUAGCUUAGAUUACUUACUGCAGGAGAAGCGGAAACAGGCCCUGGAGCAGGAGCGAGAGAAGCUGCUUCUGCAUGCCUGUCCUGGCCUCCACUCCCCGGAUCUGGAUGAAGAUGAGGUGUCUCUCACACCUGAGCACAGGAUGCUGGUGGAGAGGUUCUCCAUGAAACUACAGGUCAUCCCACCAGUACAUCCCGGUGAGACUGUGUUUCUACCCAGGCGUCACCCCCUGCAUUGCAUCCUGGACUGUUCACACCUGAAGCCACGUAGCCAUCUGGAAGGGCUCUUCCUCAGCUGCCCGCUGGCCCAGCAGCUCUCCUUCCUGCGCAGCGGCCUCCUGAGCAACCUCUACCUGCACACCCCGGACUGCCCUGUGCCCCUGCUCCAGUGGCUCUUCCAGUUGCUGACAUGGCCUCCAGAAACUUCUUCAGGAGCCUUUGGUCUCCUGUGGGAUCUCAGUGUGGAUGGGCUCUUCCAUCAGUCUGAUGGAGACAAGCACUGGUGGUGCCCCUCCCUGCAAGAGGUCACGGAGGCGGUUCACAGCCUGGGAGCCUGCAGCCCUGCUCUGGGCCUGCGCGAGCCCUGUCAGCACAGCGGGAGUUUCCCAGGCACCCAGGUGGAUUUCUCCUUCUUCACCUUGGAGGAGCAGCACAAGUGCCAAGUAAAAGAAGAGCAGAGACUUUUCACUGGAGCAUGCAGGAACACAGCAUUUCCUUCAUCGGUGGUCAGAGUGUUUAAAAACAGCAGGAGCCUGAGCUGGAGUGAGCAGCAGGAUGCCCCCCCAGAGACUGCCUUGGAUGUGAGCCUGAGCUUCAUCUAUAAGUUCCUGACGCUGUGUGCCCUAGCCCAGCCAGGGGCCUACACCGAUGGGGACCUCCUGGGCCUGAUUGAGCUGCUGUGCCGAGUUGGCCUGGAUGUGGGGCUUCGCCUGCUGCCCAAGACUGAUCUUCAGCAGCUUUUGCUCCUGCUCCUUGAGAACAUCCACGAGUGGCCACGCAAGCUCCAGAAGCUGUGCUGCACCCUGAGCAAGGUGUCUGAUCACCACCACAACUUGCUGGCGCUCGUGCACUUCUUCCUGGACGUGACCUCCAGGAGCAGGCAGCUUCGAAGCCAACUCAGCCUCGUGGUCAUUGCUCGGAUGCUGGACCAACAAGAGACGCUCCCUCUCUGGCAAGAGAAGGCCCAGCUGUCUUUGCUCGGCCAGCUUCUGAGCUUCAUGAGGCCAUCAUCCCUCAGACAGUAUCUGGGCUCUGAGACCUUGCCACCCUGCCAGGAGCAACAGCCAAAGACCAGUGCUGAACUAGACCACAAGGUCUGCUACCUGUGCCACAGCCUUCUGACACUGGCCGGGGUGGUGGUCAGCUGCCAGGACAUUACUCCAGACCAAUGGGGAGAGCUGCAGCUGCUGUGCAUGCAGUUGGACCGCCACAUCAGCACCCAUAUCCGGGAGAGCCCCCAGGCCAUGCACUGGACCAGACUCAAGGACCUGGCAGCCCAGACCUACAUCCGCUGGCAGGAGCUCCUGGCCCACUGCCAACCCCAGGCCCAGUACUUCAGCCCCUGGAAAGACUAAAGGAUCAGGGCAGGGCUGGCCCCAGGCUCUUGGCUCUGGCAGGAAGCGAACAGGGAUCAGGGAACAGGAGGAAGCUAAGAACAGAGGCGAGAGGAGGACCAGUGUGAUGAAGCAAGAGCCUGCCUCCACAGGCCCCUGACCCCCACCAGGCAACGGAUAUGGCCUCUCCCUGCCUGGCCCCCCCCUCCUUCUCCUUCCCUCCCAGCCAUCUCCUCUGCCCCAAGGCCUUUGUCUCCACACUCCUGUUUCCCAGGGCCUCCUGGGCCCUCCCCACCCUCCUUCCUCUCUCCGGCGAAUGUGAGCUUUCUUUGUGCACACUAAAGUCUUAUUUCAG